CGGAGUGGCAGGCGCGCCAUUCCGCGUGAAAUGAGCCGUUAGUCAGAACGGUACCAUCGUGGUGAACACACGUGUUGCCCGGAGCACCUCGCCCAGGCUCUCCGUCGCCGCCACCGCCCUCCACACACCCGCGAAAGUGAUAUUUCCACAUUGUUGGCCGGCCAGUUUUUGCGUGCGUCCGUGUGGCAGUGCUGGCGGACCAACGCCUCACUCCGUCCCCGCCCGGGCCCGCAGCACCACCUCAGCCUCUCCGACUCCGUCUAGUCAGCCUGGUGGUGCCCGGCCGAGGGUACUGCCUUCGGCACCCCCCUCCCCUCCCCCCACUUAGGUCUAGCGGUGACGUCACACAGCACCGUGCCCUGUACUAUGACACAGGUGCCUAACUCUGAUUACUCAGUGUCAGACUUGAAGUAGAGAGAAGUAGAGGGUGUGCCCUCCUAGUGUUUAAGACAUGUGUAAUAGUGACAAUUGCAGGAUACUUACCAGUGCCUCGCUUGUGUUUACCUCCGGACAGUGUACUACUCCAUAUAUAGCAACCCACAGGAUCAUCUCCGUCCAACUUCGUGUAUUAUAAAGUGACUCGAGGUGCAGUUUGCUCUUCAGAAAGUAACGCCAGCGCUCAGACCAGUAUGAAGGAUUUAGUUUACCUCAAGACGACGUCUCUGUAAAUGAAGCUCAACACACGUUCCACUGCGACUGCCAAUGUGCUGCUUGUUGCGUGCCUCCAUGCUCCUUGUUGAAGGCGUGGACGUAACGCAAGAGAGUCCCCUCGCCCCUGAAGACACGACCUCAGUGCCCCAUCCCUCCUUUACACCACCUCACAGCCACGCCCAUAACAUGCUCGUCCUCCAACCCCAGCAGUCGCUCCUCCACCCAAGUGUGGCUGAGGCAUUAUCUGCGUCCUAUGGCCUCACUUCACCUUUCGGCGACGACUCCCUCAGCGGGACUACUAGUGAUGAAUUCAAGUUAGGCCCCGCAUUUACAGCGACACCGACCCCCAGCUAUGGUGAAGGUGGCAGCGAAGGCCCUUUUAGUGAAGUCUUCCAGGCUGAGUACCUGCUGGCAGCGCCACCCCUGGAAGAUCUGAAGCCUGUCAUUACUCAUCCACCGUCUGGAACACCGCCCCCAGGCUCCCCUGGUCAUGCAGCCUCCACACCCAUGUCAGCUUCAGCAGCUGCGGCAGCGGCACUUCCUAGCUUCCAGGAAACUUAUUCUCCUAGGUACAGACCGUUGGGUUCUGCUGAAGUUUUCACAUUCAAGACAGACGAAGGUAGACCUGUAGAAUACCCACAGCCUCCACCGGCUCACCAGGCAUUCGCUCAGGCUUCCCCGCAGCACCAACAACAAGCACAAAUGCAACAACAGGCACAACUAACACAGCAACAGCAGCAGCAACAACCAGCGUCAUUUGAGGGAUAUACUCAUACCUCACAAGUGUAUUCUCGGCCGGCUCCCUAUCCGAGCCCUUCCGUGCCCGUCAGCCACGCUUACAGUGGGUCCACCAAAACGUUCAGUGGGGAGUUCUAUCCAACUGCCCCCACCUAUGAUGCUCUGCAGCCUUUGCACCCUGAGCAGUACCUUCGACCUUCCACAUCCCAUCACUACACUGAAAUGGGGGUUCCUUCCACUUCCAGCACACCACCUAUGUCUUUCCUUGGUCGUAAGGGACCAGGUGAGCAUAUGGACCCUGCACUAAUUCGGCUUCAUGCUCCUCCCAUGAGUGCCGGUCGCCCUGUUUCGGAACAAAAGCCACAGUCGCCAGCUCAGUUGUGUGCUGUAUGUGGUGAUACCGCUGCCUGUCAACAUUAUGGUGUGCGAACUUGUGAGGGCUGCAAAGGAUUCUUUAAACGUACCGUCCAGAAAAAUGCCAAGUAUGUGUGUCUUGCCGACAAGAAUUGUCCUGUGGACAAGCGACGUCGAAAUCGGUGUCAGUUCUGCCGUUUCCAGAAAUGUCUGGUCGUCGGCAUGGUGAAAGAAGUAGUCAGGACUGACAGCUUGAAAGGCCGGCGAGGUCGACUGCCAAGUAAGCCCAAGAGCCCUCAGGAGUCACCCCCGUCACCGCCUGUGUCACUGAUAACGGCUUUAGUAAGAGCUCAUGUUGACACCACUCCAGAUGUGUCUAACCUCGACUACUCUCAAUACAGGGAGCCUUCCAACGGCGCUGAAUCCCCCUCCACAGAGGCAGAGAGAAUUCAGCAGUUCUACUCUUUACUCACAUCCAGCAUUGAGAUCAUCAGACACUUUGCAGAGAAAAUUCCUGGCUACCAUGACUUAGCCAGGGAGGACCAAGAUCUGCUAUUCCAAUCUGCAUCUCUCGAACUUUUUGUUCUAAGAGUUGCAUAUAGACUUGUGAACAACCCAGACGAUACCAAGUUCGUGUUUGACAGCGGUCGUGUGUUGCACCGCUCCCAGUGUGACCGGUCUUUUGGAGAAUGGCUACAAGGCAUUCUUGACUUCUCUGUCUCCCUAAAAGCAAUGGAUCUGGACAUUUCUGCCUUUGCUUGUCUCUCAGCACUGACAAUCAUAACAGAGCGACACGGUCUCAAGGACACGAAGAAGGUGGAACAGCUACAAAUGAAAAUUAUCAAUUCCCUGAGGGAUCACGUCACUUACAAUGCGGAAGCGCAGAAAAAACCCCACUACUUCUCUCGUAUACUUGGGAAACUGCCCGAGCUGCGGUCCCUCUCGGUGCAAGGGUUACAGCGAAUCUUUUAUCUCAAGUUGGAAGACCUGGUCCCUGCACCUCAACUCAUAGAGAACAUGUUCGUCUCCAGCCUUCCCUUCUGAAUUAAUAAGAGACUUCCGAGUGUUUAUAUUAUUGCCAUGGGCUCUCCAGACUUCAUGCCCCUCGCUGCAUGUCCGUGGUUAACCAGAUGAAGUUGCUGGGCCUCGGCUGACCUCGAGCCGUGGCCCUCAUACAGGAGCUAGUGGUGGCAUGUCAGUGGUGUUGGAUCUCGACCCUCAAGGCUUCGUAUCCACUACAGUGGUGUUGGAUCCCGACCUCCAAGGCCUCGUAUCCCUACAUUAGCCACUAUUGCCCACACGCACUUGCCCAUUAUACCAAAUCCACCCCAACAUUAAUGGUGUUCCUCAGCAAGAGACUUCAGCCAGGAAAAGACGACUUCUUCCCCAAGCUCUGUCUCUCCCCGACGGGUAAUCCCCGUUGAGCCUGCAUAAAAGUGCAUUGUGUUUGUAGCUCGCACAUUAUGAUGAAGGGGGCACACGCACACAUAGUUCGUUUAAUGACUUUAACUAAAGUAUAAAAAGCAAUGUUAUUUUUAUUAAUCGGAAUAAGAUGGAUACUAGACAUAGGCACCAGACAAGUAUGACAGAGCUGGUUGGUGCGCGCGUGAGACUUGUCACUUUGGCGUUACGCCUUGACAAACUAGUCAUUCUGUGAUUUAAUGGAAAAUAUAAAGAGAGAUUUUGAAGGAUGAGUAAUGAGAAUAUUGUUUAUACUUUGAGCUCAGUAAAGCUUGAUUACGUAUUUUUGUAAUUACUUUUAAGUCAAACCUAGGAUAGUCUGAAAUACAAUAUUUUCGGCCUUACCUUGUGCAUAGGUAACUGUACAAAACUUUGUAGAUAAAUACUGAUUUACGCUCUUUGAGUCGCAAGAAAGCAUAUUAUACAGGUACCUGUAGGAUACGCACUAUGACAAGGCCCAGUCCCAGCAACCGUGAGCAGUAGUACCAACAUACGACAAAGAAUCGGUAAUGAAUGAGUUCCUCAGCUUCUGGCAACGUUGUGACUUACCAGCAAGCCUCCCGAAUCUUGUGCUCUUGUGGGCUCUCUUGCCUCUGUAAUGCUACUCAGUCAAGUGGUCUAUGUUGCAAGUUUAUAAGAAAUAUAAUAUAUAUGAUUAGGGUAUCAUGGAUUGAUAUUUUUUAUACUGGAAAUCCCGCGUACAAUUCAUUAGCUCUAACCUUAAUGGUGCUGCCACUAUAGCAUUCCAUCAGGAAACUAGACGAUAGGUUUAGAUCGCAUUUUUUAACUAACCGGAGUACACGGUUACUUGGACUGCCCUUCUCAUCGGCAACCUCAGAGGUGAAACUUUGCCGCUCCUCGUCAGGAAGAGGAUCAGGCGCCUUCUUUUAAGCAGGAUCUGAAUUCCUCUUUUUAGGGGCAACGGUUGCCAAGUUUGGUUUUCUACGCUGAAUUGUGUCGUUAACUGUGUUGCCCCGGUGAUAUACUCU